CUACGAAACUGCAGCACCUACGAAAACUGCAGCACCCUACGAAAACUGCAGCUCUACGACAACUGCAGCUCUACGACAACUGCAACUCUACGACAACUGCAACUCCUACGACAACUCCAGCCUACGACAACUGCAGCCCUACGACAACUCCAGCUCCUACGACAACUCCAGCUCCUACGACAAACUCCAGCUCCUACGACAACUGAAGAUCCUACAACAACCACAACUGCAGCUUUUCCGAGAACUACCACUGCUCCUACUAUCAAUAGCACCAUAGAAGCUCCUACUUCCACAACCAUAACUGAAGCUUCUAUAACCACCACAACUCUAUCUUCUACUAUGACAACCACAAUUCAGCUGCCAUAAUGACAACUACAAGUCAGCUCCAACAAUGGCAACUCCAGCCUUACAACCACCACCACCACUGUAGCUUCUAGCAUGGCAAUCAACCUGCAGGUCCUACAACAACGACCACAACUGUUGCUCCAACAAUGACUACAACUGCAGCACCUACAAGUACAAACACAAUUGUACUUCCAACUUCUAUGGCUUCAGUGACAUCAACAACCAGAUUUGGCACAGUGAUAGUUUUUGUUAGACUGGUGUUCCAGCUCAAGACACCAGUCCCCAAAGAGGAUGAUGUCCUUGGUGUCAUCAACAAGCAACUGUCUCGUCAAUUCAACAUUCAGAGAAGCACUCAAACCACCUUCCAGAAUGCAACUUAUAUCAAACUUACACAUACUUCAUUUGCCGUCGAUCUUGGUUUCAAAAUAACCAAUGUAACCAUGGAGUCUCCAAGAGAUAGACUCACAUUCACCAGUGAGACCUACAACAAGAUACAGGAUUCAAUUAACAGCCUACUCCAUGAUAUUCUUAGUAAACCAGACGGCACACAAUUUGUCUUUCCCAAUGCCAACUUCACUGCUGAUGGCACUCAAAUCAGGGCAGACAUKAUGUAUGUAUACAAAGAGGAAGACAUCAAGCUCCCUAGUGCUUUUCUACAGGAAGUCUUAAAAGUCUCAGGUCUCCUAAAAACCACGGUUGCCCCAACAACUACCAGCACCACACCACUUACUACCCUUUUGCUGACCACUCCUUUCAAUACCACAAGUGAUGGAGGUUUUCCUGGCUGGGCUCUGGCCAUUAUCAUCCCUUGUGGCAUCGCUAUCAUUCUGAUACCCCUGUGGAUCCUGCUAUGUUGCAUGCUAUGUGGCUGUUGUGCAGCUGUAAGGAGACGCUGGCACAGACGUAGAUCUUACAAUGUACAGUACACCACCAGAAACCGUUUCUUCUGAGGUGACAACGCUAACAUCUGUGGGCAACUGUCAUCACAAGGACAACCAAUCAUCUAUAUCUGCUAAUCACGGCACUUUAAUGYRUGGAAAAUUCCUUGUUACUACACACAAUUGCAUCUGAAAAGAUCAAGUGGGGAGUUGCAUAUAUUUGUAUCAUAAAAAGAAAAUUGAUAAUGGGCUUAAUAGGCCACAUGUUUUUUGCGAAAUGUACUACCUUUUAUAUUAUACAUAUAUGAUUGUUAAUCAAAGUUACAGCUGAGCUGAACAAGGAAUGUUUAUAUAUUUAUUAGCUAUGUCAUUUGUGGUUUCAAGCUGUGCUGUCCACUUACUAAAACAUGUAUCACUUAU